CUUGUCCGUCUCUUUCAUCCACUUUUCUUAUACACUCCGGCACGAUGCUCGCCCCCGCUCUAACUAGGGCUGUCUGCAGAUCGCUAAGAGCAGACGCCCAAGCAGCCCGCUUCCCUCAUCGCGCCUUUUCAUCGGCCCCCUCAAAGCACUCUUUCGCCCGCCAGACCCCUCGCCCAAUAAAUCUCCCCUUCUUCACCCCCUCAUCACGGACCUCUUUCUUCUUCCCCUCCCACACCUACAAAUUCCCCAGAUCCCUCUCUACCGCUGCUCCCAAAGCCAAGGCCGACCCGGUAUACGAUGAUAUCCCAAGAUCGCUGCCGUACUGGCUGUAUGGCUGUUCGGCAGUCGUCUUUGGGAUCGUAGUCAUUGGAGGCCUGACACGGCUGACAGAAUCGGGGCUGAGUAUUGUGGAGUGGAAUCCCAUAACGGGUAUCCUGCCGCCAAUCACCAAAGCGGACUGGGAUCUGGAAUGGGAAAAGUACAGGGUGUCGCCGGAAGGGAUAAUGAUGAACGCCAACAUCAAUAUCGACGAGUUUAAAAAGAUCUUUUACAUGGAGUGGGGUCAUCGACUUGCCGGGCGUGCUCUUGGUAUGGGGUGUGUAUACUCUUGGAUUAUGGAAGCAAAGUUGACUGGUCGCAGAUUCGUUAUUCCCACGAUCUACUAUCUCGCCCGCUACAAGCUUCCCCGUCCCCUUCCCAUGAAGCUUCUCCUCAUCGGUCUCGGUAUUGGAUUCCAAGGGGUCCUUGGGUGGUGGAUGGUCAAGUCUGGUCUCGAUGAGCAAAUCAUUAAAGACAACAGCGUCCCCCGAGUCUCUCAAUACCGUCUUGCUGCCCACUACACUGCUGCUGUCGCCCUCUACGUCGGCAUGCUCUCUACAGCUAUCGGCAUACAUCGCGACAUGAAGCUGGCCAAGAACCCGGCCAUUAUUCAGGCGCUCAACAAGCCCGCUGUGAAAAAGUUCCGUGGAUUGGUUCAUCUUUCUGGGAUGAUGGUCUUUUUGACCGCUGUCACUGGUGCUUUCGUGGCGGGAUUGGAUGCCGGUCUGAUAUAUAACGAGUUCCCCUACAUGGGUGAGGGAUUCGUACCACCAACGGAGGAUCUGUACGACCAGAGGUACGCCAAAAGCGGAUCUGACAAGAUCUGGAGAAAUAUGUUGGAGAAUCCCGUUACUGCUCAAUUUGAUCACCGUGUUUUGGCCACCACGACAUUUACCAUCCUCUGCACUCUGCCAUUCGCUGCCCGGCGUCUGCCUUUCAAAAGCUCUCGCCGUCUCGCAGGCCUUGCUACAGCUGCCGCCGUCACCCAGGUCUCGCUCGGUAUCAGCACUUUGCUCUACCUUGUACCGAUCCCUCUGGCUUCGAUGCACCAGGCAGGCAGUGUGUUGCUCCUGACGGCCAUUUUAGCUCUCGGCGGGUCGUUGAGAAAGCCCAGCAAGAUGAUGAAGAUGAUGCGGGUGGCGAAGAGAUAGCGAGACAUCGAUAGACUCCAUUUUGGUUGUUUUUGAGCAUUCUGCAUAUGCAUCCACCGCUUAGUUACAUCAAUCACCUGAAGAAGUCUGCAAAGUAUGGGUCUUUUUGCGAUACGACCGGUCACUUGAUAGGCUUAUAGUAGCAUUGGACACUUUCUUC